AUGAAACUGGUUGGUUCAAAUUUUUUUGCAGAUAAACAAACACAUGUUAUCAAAAAUGAUUUUACAUUACCGGAACCUGAUCAGCAACUUGAUGUUGUACCACCAAAUCGAAAUACUGAUAAACUGCAGUCAUCGAAAGCAGGAAAUUCAUCAACUAUGGAAGUGGAAGUUAUAAUUCAACAACCACCAAGCAAUUCAAGAGCUGAUGAUAAUAAUGAUGAUGAUAGCGAUGAUGAUUGUUUCAAUGUUACGUUGAUGAAUUAUAAAACGCAAAAUUGUUUAUUAUCAAAUAAUGAAAAUUUGAGUAGUUUAAAUCGUAAUUUAUCACCACGAUCAUUUACAUUCAAACGUAGCGAUUCAACAGCUCCACCGGAAUCACCACUUUAUAAACCGCCUACAACCGCUAGAAGAAUGCUAAAACCUGUGGUACCACCUUGCUCACCACACUCAUUAGAUGUCUAA